AUGGAAAAAUCUUGGGUUUGGCUUCCAAGGGCUAGCAAUGAGUUUGUGUCGGGGGCAACUUCGUUUGUGUUUGAUUCAGCAAAUAGAUUAGGGAAUCCUACUGAGAUGUUAUGUCCUUGUAUAGAUUGCCGAAAUUUGUGCCAUCAGGAGAUAGAUAAAGUGUUAGAGCAUCUAGUGAUUAGGGGUAUGGAUCAGAAAUACAAGAGGAAUUCAUGUUGGAGUAACCAUGGGGAUAUUAGGACUGAUAAGCCAACUGACGCUCCGAACUCUGAGUUAGAAACUUAUCACUUGAUUAGGACAGCUUUCUUUGAUGCUGAUUCACAUCCGACGAGCCACAUUGAAGAUGAGACAGAUGAUGUUGAUAGUCAAGAAGAGGUUGACUUUAUGAAGAAGCUAGAAGAUGCUGAAACUCCACUAUACUCUAGCUGUCUCAACUACACUAAGGUGUCUGCAAUUAUGGGGCUUUAUCGCAUCAAAGUGAAGAGUGGAAUGUCAGAAAAAUUUUUUGAUCAGCUUCUGACGAUGAUUCAUGAUAUGCUUCCUACAGAUAAUGUUCUACCGAGAUCAACAGAUGAGGUAAAGAAGUUCCUAAAAAUAUUUGGUUUCGGAUAUGAUAUGAUUCAUGCAUGCAAGAACGAUUGUGUUCUAUACCGGAAGCAAUACGAGGAUAUGCAAAGCUGUCCAAGGUGUAGUGUAUCAAGAUGGGCUCGGGAUAAGCGUACUGGCGAGGAAAAGAAAGGGAUUCCAGCCAAGGUACUCAGAUAUUUUCCUAUCAAAGACAGAUUGAGACGACUCUUUAGAUCCAAAAGGAAGGCUGAAGACGUUCGUUGGCAUUUCAACAACAGAAGUUCAGAUGGUACAAUGAGACAUCCGGCAGACUCAAUUACUUGGGCAACUGUAAAUGAAAAAUGGCCACAAUUUGCAGCUGAACCCAGAAACCUACGCUUGGGUAUAUCUACGGAUGGGAUGAAUCCAUUCUCCAUUCAGAACAGCAAGUACACCACAUGGCCGGUUUUAUUAGUCAACUACAACAUGCAUCCAACGUUGUGUAUGAAGGCAGAUAAUGUAAUACUGAGUCUUUUGAUCCCAGGACCAACAUCACCUUCCAACAACAUUGACGUCUACCUAGCUCCACUGAUAGAUGAUCUGAAGGACUUGUGGAAUGAAGGUAUUGUGGUUUACGAUUCAUUUAUGAAGGAGAAUUUUCAACUUAAAGCAAUGUUAUUGUGGAGUAUCACCGAUUAUCCUGCAUUAGGAAGCUUAGCUGGUUGUAAAGUGAAAGGGAAACAAGCGUGUAUCGUGUGUGGAAAGGAUACACCCUUUAGGUGGUUGAAAUUUAGUAGAAAGCAUGUUUAUUUGGGCAACCGAAGAAGGCUUAGACCUGGGCAUCCUUACAGAAGAAAAAAGAAAUGGUUUGAAAACACAGUGGAAGAAGGGAAUGCGAGUAGGAUUGAAAGUGGAGUCAACAUUUUUGAGUUACUUAAGGAUGUGAGAAAUGAUUUCGGAAAACCUUUUGAGAAAAAAAGCAAAAGAAAAAGGAAAGGAGUCUGUGAAGAUGAUGUGAUUUCAGAAGAUGAAAAUGGUGAAGAGAAUGACAAUUGGAGAUGGAAGAAACGGUCCAUUCUAUUCGAUUUACCUUAUUGGAAGGACAUGCCUGUUCGUCACAACAUAGAUGUUAUGCAUGUGGAGAAGAACGUGUGUGAUGCUAUAUUGUCGAUUCUGAUGCAAAGUCCUAAGUCAAAAGAUGGUUUGAAAGCACGGAAAGACUUGGAAGAUAUGGGGAUUCGAGGAAACUUACACAUUCAGAACCGAGGGAAGAGAACAUACUUACCUCCAGCUUCUUAUUGGCUGUCGAAAGAGGAGAAAAGGAGAUUUUGUAAGAGGUUAAGUUCAUUCCGAGGACCUGAUGGAUAUUGUGCAAAUAUUGCCAAUUGUGUUUCAGUGGAUCCUCCCAUAAUUAGUGGCUUGAAGUCUCACGAUCAUCACGUGCUGCUCCAAAACCUCCUACCAGUUGCUUUGCGAGGGUUGCUACCAAAUGGACCUAGGAUUGCAGUGACUCGACUGUGCAGCUUCUUUAACAGAUUAUGUCAGCGAGUUAUUGAUCCUGAGAAGCUAAUAACAUUGGAGACUGAGUGUGUUGAAUCAAUGUGCGAACUGGAGAGGUAUUUUCCUCCAUCUCUGUUUGAUAUAAUGUUCCACCUUCCCGUACAUCUAGCAAGAGAAGCACGGUUGGGUGGACCUGUCCACUUUAGAUGGAUGUAUCCAUUUGAAAGGUACAUGAAAACGUUGAAGUCAUAUGUAAAGAACUAUGCAAGGCCCGAAGCAUGUAUGGCUGAAGGUUAUUUGGCUGGCGAAUGUAUUGAAUUCUGUAUGGAGUUCCUUCAGAGUUCUUUAACUGUUCCUGAAACCACAAAGCGUAAUGAAGAUUUGGUGUCCUCUGAAAGCAUACUUGAAGGCCGUCCACUGCAUAAGGCAGCCCAAGUGGUACUUACUGAUAAGGAACGAGACAUUGCCCACCGUUAUGUAUUGAUGAACAUGGCAGUGAUGACACCAUAUGUUGAUAUGCAUUUGGAAGAAUUGCAAGAAAUGGAUGGUAGAUGUGCCAGAAGUGAAACUCUGUUAUGGAAAUUUCAUGCAGAGAGAUUCGGACAAUGGGUUGAGAAGGUUGUCAAACCAGACGGUUAUUUGUGGAGACCUACAACUGAAAUGUUCAUGAUGGGUGAUGCACUUGGUGAGUUUAUCGCAUGGCCUAUUAAGAAGGUAGUGCUCAGUUGUAUACCUCCAACAAGACCAUCGCCAGUAGCAUCAUCACCUGGGAGUGUAAGUUGCAGCAUCGACACCAACAAAUCAGGUGGGAAGAAGAAGUGUAUGUUGUUAGAUUGCAAUAAUUCUGGACAAAUCGUUGCGGAAGGGAGAGUUUGUUCAACCAAUCCAGAAGACAAAAUCCACUUUGUCCCAUUAGGUCCGAACGCUAGCAAGGUAUGGGUAGAAGUAGCAAAGAUUGGAGAUGCAAAAGUGUGGAGACCAAAUUCAGAAAUAGAAGUAAUUUCUGAUGCUUUAAGUACAACUGUUGCAUGGCCUAAUGACAAGCUUAUGUUUGUGUGA